AGCUCCUCUUCACUGCGUGGUAGCAGCUAGUCUUGGACUGUUUCUGUCUCGCUUAAAACGUAAAGGUCUUUCUCAUAUCUGAUCUUGGUGUGAUGUGGAACAGAACCUAACUCUUUGGGGAGCUCAUAUUGUUUUUGUUUAUGUGGCAGUGUAAAGACUGUGGUGUGGAAGUGUCUAGGCGAUCAGAAAUUCUUAAACAUUACAGACUACAACAUAGUCAUUUUGGGCGUGGCCAUCAUAUUAAGUGUAUAUACCCUGAUUGUCCAUGUGUUUUUAAGACUUGGAAUUCACUUUUGACACAUUUGUCAAGGAAUCACAACAAUACCUUAAAGCAAUCUGACAUAUUUACUGCAUUUUCAUGUCAUUUAUGUGGCUGUAGUGAACUUGGAACAGAACAUGAUUAUUUUGUGCACAUAAGCCAUCAUCUGAAAAACAAUGAGACAGUCACGUGUAUGUUUAAAGGCUGUGAAUACAAAUCCAAUGUAUACAGCACCUUCAAGUCGCACAAAAGUCGGAAGCACGGCUUACAUUCGUUGGUAGAUUUUAAGGAUGGUGUAGUCACAAGAACUGGAGAACCUGAUGUUUCAAACAGUGAAGAAUUCUGUGAUGAAAGUCAGUCUGACAUUGAUUUAGAUAAGUCAAAGGAUCAGCCAGAGAUAAUAGAACAAAAAAUUGCUGCAGUGUUAUUAAAGCUGGAAAAUAUUUUUCAUGUGCCAAGUGCUGCAAUUGAUGAAUUGCUGGAAGAAUUUCAAUAUUUGUUGAGCACAGCAUCUUUGUGUAGUACAAGAAAUGUGAUACAUGACACACUUAAUAGUUACAAAUUGCAAGUUGACCAGUCAGUCAUUGAAGAACUUGCAUCUGCUCUGUGUACGUCUAAUCCUGUGUAUAAGUCAAUUGGUAAAGGUUGUCCUUUGGCAACAUCGUUUAAGCGCAAAAAAUACUACAAAGACAAUUUUCAAGUUGUGGAACCCAUAGAAUAUAUCUUGGAUGACAAAACUAAAAGAACACUGCAGUAUGUUCCACUAUUAAAGUUUUUAAAGCAGCUUUUUACUAAUGAUCAAAUUCUUAACAAAGCAUUAGACAGUCACCUCAUAUCAGAGUGCAGAGGAGAAGAAGUGAUAUACAAGUCUUUUCGAGAUGACUCGGAUAACACAAUCAUUCUGCCACAUUCAGACAAUGAAUUGAGAGCAUGUGCAUGGCCACGUGAAUUCCCCAUUCCUCGCUUUCCAUACAAUGUAGAGGUGCAGCUUCAACGUGGAAAUGAGCGCUUCAGAGAAACUGGCACUCAACUGAAGAUUACUCCGGGGUUGAAGUCUGACAUCUUAGAGAAGCUAGCCGAGGAGAUCUUCCAGUAUACAGCAUAUCCACAAAAUUACCAAAUAGAUGAGGUAGCAGGGGCACUCAUCAAAAAUUUCCCUGUUUGA